AUGCAGCUCCUCCAUGCCUUUUUCCACAUCUUCAAGACUAUCAGUCUACUCUCUUGGUAUCUCGAGUCCCCUCACGUCGCCCACCUCGGAAAGCGUCUUGCCAAUUGCCCUCAUCCCACCCUCGCAUGUCUGCAAGCAAGUCAGAACGCGCUGCGCGAGUACCAGGAGUGUGAGCGACAAAAGCUACUUGAUGAGAUGCAUCAAGUUCAGUUGCGAGAGGUGCAGGAUAAGAAGCACCAAGCCGAGUUGACCAACAAUGCUACGUUGUGGAAGAUGAGAGGCGAAGCACCACCUGUGUACGUCGACCAGCGGACUUUCAUCACGAACAACAUCAACAACAACAUUCCGUUCUACAAUUUCUGUCCCAAUGACAUCAACCCGGCUCAAUUCUUCAAAAACCUGGAGCGAAAUUGCGAUAGCCUCCACAAACUAAACCAACUCGAUUCGAAAUCGAAGGAGACGUGGCUUCGAGCAGCAGAAAUGGCGAGCCUGUCGGGGAAGCAAAUCCCUCCUGUCUUAGCCAUCGAUGCCCCAGACUCCUCAACCGCUCAUGACGAAUGGAGUCCUUGGUUUCACGCGCAAUCCGGUAUCUCUCUCGAUAUUGUAGAGACCCACAUCGUCACCAGCCCCAAAGGUUUCUUGGAACUCCUUUGCAUGUUUCUGCUUGUGGCCUGGCUGGUACGCUGGCUCUAUUCCAAGUUGCUCCGUCUCAUAACCUGGCUCCUGUACAAACCGGCAAAGUCAGUCCACACCGAACACAAAGCUGAAACCGAUAAACCCGUCCAACCCGAUCAUCCAGCCCAAUCCCAUCAGACUGCGCAACCUGCUUCGCCAGCCCAAUUCGAGCAAGUAGCUCAACGUCCGCAGACUCCUCAAGCGGAAGAUUCGAGCACGACAUUUCCCGAGGUGACAACAAUCAGGAGGCUGGAGCUGAGACGUCUCAAGGAGCAAGCCAAUGGCAACAAUGGACGUGAAAACGCUGAGAGGAUGCUUGGAUCACGGAUCGAAGAGCUAAUGCAGGAGGAUCUGCUUGGAGAAUGGUUCACUCAAGGGAUGCCCAUUCGUCCAGCCAACGCCGAAGUGGUCGAUCGGACCAUACAAGCCGUAGACGCCGCGCAGAGAGGUCAAGGACCCAGAAGGCGAGUGGAGCUGGACGAACAAGACGAGCUAUAG